AGUCAACUAAAGGAACUAUGCAGUCGGGUGUUUCUGGGAAACAGCGAUGCCACCCUGGAACUUGAAGGUCAUUCAUCACCAAAGGAACUUGAGGGAAAAGGAAAUUUAAAUACCGUAACGGUUUCAAGUGUUAUAUUGAAUGAUGCCAACCCCAGUAUACAAAGUGUGUCGCGGACAUCUGUCUAUGAAACAGGUAACGAUCAUGACACAAACCAGAAACGCUGCAGGACUAUGGAUAAUAUAGGUGAUGAUGAUGACAUUGAAUAUUUGGUUUCAACAUCAGGCUCCUCGGUUAAGAAACCCCGUUUACUGUCUCGAGCAGGAAGUGACAACACAGUUGUAAGCUAUGACACUACCACUGACUAUGCUUAUCUGUACAGAUUUCUUGAAAGAGUAGAAAGAACCGGGAUGUGAUAAAGGUCGUACAACGAAUCCUGGAAUUAUCUAGGUUCUGGAACAAGGAUGCUACCAACAGAAGCAAUCCUUGCUGGACACUCAUAGAAGAGGUAGAGAAGAAGUGGCCUCAAGAUGCAAUAAAAGCAAGGAACUGGUUAAAAUGUUCUGUGAAUACUGACGGUCUGAGCUUCAACCAAGACCGGUUAGUCUAUAUAAAGCUCAUAGCUGCAGUGCUUGUUGGAGCGUGUCAUACCAGGACUGAAGUACAGGACUUUGUGAAAACACUGGAUGAUCAUCCAUCACACCUACAGCAUGUGCAGGACUGUACCCUGUCACGUGACUGUACAUACACAGUUGGCUGCUACACCAUCAGAGGAGAUGUUCUGUCUGGCCUGGAAACCAACGAGUGGCUGACCGAUGAAGUAAGAAAACUAGAUCAUGGACACCUACCUGCACCUUCUGGAAAGAGAGUGGUGUUCCCGUGUCAGCUUCCACUGCUUGGUGCUGCCUACAGAGACAGUGAUAUUGUGGGAGGCAGGCCGGUACACAGAGAGGAUAAGGGGGAAAGAUGAGAAUUUGGCAAACUACACGUGGAUCUUGAUGCCAGUAAACAUGCCACGUAAUCAACACUGGGUGCUUCUGGUGGCUAAUGUCAAGGAUGGAACAGUGGGGGUAGUCAAUUCUAAACCAGCUUUAGAUGUGGAGGACUCAGUUGUGACACACUGGAGGUGGGUAGACAGACGAGUGGGUGUAGUCAAUUCUAAACCAGCUUUAGAUGUGGAGGGCUCAGUUGUGAGAAACUACAGGUCAUUUGUAAAUCACUGGAAAUCUACAUCCGGGAAAGUGGGCAAACCGUGGAUGAAGAAACAAUACCUAGUGAUAGACCAGGCUGAUGGACACAAUUGUGGGAUAUUCGUCCUCAUGGCUGCUGAUGCCCUUUUGGCGGAGACGUCUCCAGGAAUCAUGAGGAACUACCACGCAGAGAAGUACAGGUUGUAUGUACUACAGAGGAUACUGCAGCAUGCCAAGACGGAUAUGCAAAGAGGAGGAAAUCACACCUUGGGAAGUGGAUGUCACAAACAAUACUCAACAUUCUGAGACUGUGACGGAAGGAAAUCUACUUGAAAGAAGCUAUACAACAGAAACAAAACAGGGUCAAGUCAUUGAAACAGUUGUACAACAUCAUGACACUUUUGACGAAUCCGACGGUGCUAUGGUCACUGAUAAAGAUGCAGAUGAAUACCCAUGUCUCAAUGAACACCUGUCACAGAAGCAGUUAAUGGCAUGUUUGUUAAUUGUUGCUUUGGCGGGGAAUAACCUGAAGAAGAGGUUGCUGUGGGCAGAUUCUGACACAGGAACAAGAGUGGAAAGAGAAACCUACAAGCGAUACAUUGCUUGGGCGCUCAAGGUUUUCGACAUCAAUGGAGACACAUACACUAAGAAGAUGAUACAAAAUGAUUUAAAACAAUUGUCAGGAUGCUGUCUAUGUCAAGAGGCUGGAUCAUACAGAAUAAGAAACCAAAACGUAGCAAUAAGGCUGAGAGACCUACUGCUCAGCGAUCUGAGACAAUCGAUUGCAAAGAUGGACUUGGAGUUUGUAUUUAGUUAUGUGAGUUUAAGAGCUGAAUCCACUGAGGUGGAAGAAAUAGAUAUCCCCUUCAAAAUUGAAUUGAAGCAAGAUGAUGUGCCUGUUGUAGCUCAACGUUUUGCGGCAGCCAUACAGGGCAAAGAGUUUGCUUUUGUGUGCAUGCAUUCUCUCUUUCAGGAACAGACAUUUGUCGAUAUGGUCUUUGAGAAUCUGGUGCAAAAUCUGAACAAGGACUAUUCUACCCUCUUGAAAUUAUUGUCCAGUAAUGACACUGUACAUGGACAGUCCUUUCUGUUUUGGACGAGCAUUACAGACAACUCGAAAUUGUUGCGGAAGGCUUUGUCCACUGUUCAAUUUAGUGUACAUAACAGAAAGCAAGCUUUGUUUGGAAGUUGCUUUGGUAGUAGUUCAGACAACUUCAAUUACUUGCUUUCCGAAUGUAAUUGUAAGUUGAAUAAGUUGUGUAUGACAUUGCGCAAUCUUCCAAGACCUCUUAUCAUCAAACUGAAAUUGGAAGUUGUUGAUGAUCUAGGGGUGAAGUUUGACAAUAUUUCCUUGCUUGACAUUGCCUGUAUGAGUGGAUUGUCUGCAGUGGCUUCCAGACUCUUGCAUGUAACGAAGG